AAGACACCAAAAGGGUUCUCAUUGCUCAAUGAGUCUCUCCGUCUCUCUCUCACUCACAGUCUACUUUACUUUGCAACACAUCACCUCCUCUAUUUAAUCAGAGGCCCAGAAGACCUCCCAAAGUUUUCCACAAAGGCUUGCUUACACACUCCCCGUUUUCACUAUCCUUCAAGGGAGAGGAGAAAAGGAGAGAAAGACAGAGAAGAAGCGCACAGAGAGAGAGGGGGGAUUGAAAGAGGGCAAAGAAGUGAUCAAGUGUGAAAUAUUUGUGCAGACUUUUCCUUUUCUGUUUCUUGGGUUUGAGCGAGAGAGAGAGGCAUGAAGCAAGGUUUUUAUAUGCAGAGCUCAUCACCAGUGCAGCACAUGAUGUCCGGAAACCCCAAUCACUGGUGGAACAACAUCAAUCCUCCACCACCACGCUCUCCUUUUUGCCACUCUUCUUCUUCCUCUCCUAACCUCUUUCUUCAAUACCCACCCACUUCUUCUUUUUCUUCCUUAUUUCAUCUCAAUCCUUCCUGGGUGUAUAAUAAUAAUAGUGUUAACCAAGAGCAGCUUCCAGCGUCUUUGAGCCAACUCCUCAUGGGUGGAUUGGUUGGAGAAGAAGAUAAGAGUAUUGGGAUGAUGAAUUACUUUCAAGAAAAGAGGGCGGAAGAUUGGGAGGAGCAACAAGUGCUUCAGCAAUCCCCAAAUGAUGCUUCUGCUCUCGACAAUCAGCAUCAUCAUCUUCAUGUGAAGCAGGAAGAUUCAGCAAGCAGCUACAGUAUGUAUGGGCGUGCAACAAGUAAUCAUCAUGCUCUUCAAGGGACAACAAACAAGUCUGCUUGGUCUCAUCAUCAUCACCAUGCUAUGAUUCCUGGUUCACCACCCAAGUCAUGUGUCACCACAAGUUUCAGCAGCAGCAUGUUGGAUUUCUCAAACAAGAAGUCAGUUAAUAAGAGGCAAACCCCACCAGAUCUAUCUUCUGAGUGUAACAGCAAUGCAACUGGUGGGGCACAAAAGAAAGCUAAGGUCCAGCCUUCCAGCCAAUCUAAUACCUUCAAGGUGAGGAAGGAGAAAUUAGGAGACAGAAUCUCAUCCCUGCACCAGCUAGUUUCCCCAUUUGGAAAGACUGACACAGCUUCAGUACUAUUAGAAGCUAUUGGGUACAUCAGAUUUCUUCAGAAUCAAAUUGAGGCGCUCAGUUCGCCCUACAUGGGCAGUGCUUCAGGAAAACCGAGACACCAUCAAUCUGUUCGAGGAGAGAGGAGUUCUAUGUUUUCUGAGGAUUCGGGUCAGCAGGAAUCCAUCAAUGAAGAGCCAGAGAAUGGUUUGAGGAGUAGAGGGUUGUGUCUAGUCCCGGUCUCGUGCACGCUCCAAGUAGGAAGCGACAAUGGAGCAGACUACUGGGCCUCUGCUUUUGGAGGAGGAGGGCUACGAUGAGACUUGUUUUUUUAAUAACUUUGGGGGGUUUUAUGGAGAAUAGUGCAGCAAGAAGCUUCAUGAUCAAUUGAUAUAACAUCACGAGCCGUCAAUCUGCUAAGGAAAUAAAUAAAUAGAAAAAAAAUGUGAAAGGCUGAUUGCUCAUGAUGCCAUAUAUCAUGGAAAAGAAAAAACAUGGAGUCAUCUUGUGCUGUGUAUCUCGGGGAUAAGGGCAUCCUUGAAUUAAUCAACCUAGCUCAUCCUUUCAAUUUAGUGGUUAUUUUCAAA